UUCCCCACCAAAAACCUAGGGUUAGGGUUAGGGAAGCGGCGGCUGCUUUUCCCCUAUUCCCGAUCCCCAUCCCCAUCCCGCCCGAUCGCCAUGGCCACCGGAGUCGCGCAAGAGCCGGAGGAGGAGGAGACCGCCAUGGACACCGAAGUCGCGCAAGAGCCGGAGGAGGAGACCGCCAUGGACACCGGAGCCGUACCAGAUCCGGAGGAGGGGACCGUCGUCAUCCUCGAUUCGGUGAUGCUGGAUCGCAUCGGCCGCACCCACUGCCACAACGGCCUAGGCGCUGCUCGCAAGGCUGUCAAGGGGAACAAGACCGCCGUUCAAGUCGACAUGGACAGCGGCCGCUCCUUCUACGUCUCCUUCACCCUCGCGGCUCCUCCACAAGGGGGGGCCUCCUACCUCGAUCUCCACUUGCCGGAAAGCUCAGCCAAAUCCGUGCCCCCCUUCGCGCAGCCCGCCUAUCCCUACGUCAGGGCAAUCGACAAGGACCUCGUCCUCUUCCACGUCUCCAUCCCGAGCCAGACUCGCCACUGCGCCUUCACGACACAUCUGUUCGUCUACACCGCCGCCGGUCAUUCCCCCUCGGUGCAGCAGCUCCCUCUGUACCAUGAUGACAGGAGGAUAAUGCCGUUCCUGGGGGAUAAGUCCACCACAGGCAUCCUGCGGCGCCAAGAAGGCCGCUACAUCGUUGCCGACCUCAACCUCUACGGGAAAGAAAAUGCCACAGGCAAUUAUUACAUGUGUGCCGAACUCUGCAUCUUCAACUCCAACUCCAGGUCACGGAUGUGGAGGCUCUCUAUCCAGGAUGCCCCAAAGCCGCAGGACCAGAGCAAUGGCCAGUUCCCCACCCUCUGGUCAACCGAUCAUGUGCUCGCUCUUGAUGGCCGUUUCAUGUGCUGGGUUGACUACUUCAGCGGCGUCCUGCUAUCUGACUUCUGUAAUAUGCGCUUAUCUCGGGUGCUCCACUUCGUGCCUUUCCCUGGAGAAGAAGAGUACACUGCAGAGGUACGUGAGGAAAGGUGCUUCGCGCAGAGAUUCCGUAGUGUGUCCAUCAGCCAAGGCAAGAUGCGCUUCGUCCACAUUGACAAUGACUUGCACACCGAGUUACACACUGGCUGCCAAGGGCAGCGGCCUAGCCAAAAAAUCACCAUUUGGACUUUGAACAUGAUGGAUGCUAACUCCAGGUUCAAGUGGGAGCCACAUCAUGUGAUCGACCUGGAUCGUCUUUGGCUGACACCUAGUGUACCUCGGCGUCUUCCUGAGUAUCCAAUCAUCGCCCCCAAUAACCCGGAUGUUCUGUACUGCCUGUUAAGGAAGCAGGAAUUUCAUGGUGAGGCCUCCAUGAUCAUGGUUGACAUGAACCCUGCAUCUCCGUGGUUGUGUACUCCAUAUAUCAAUCGGCGGUCUGUGCAUGUGAAAGAUCACAAAAGCGAGUUUCCUAAUAUGCCCCUCCUUCCAACUGUCUUCUUCAAAUACCUUGAAAGUUCAACAGCCUUUUCUGUUGCCCACUAAUUUGGUGUGCUAUUUAAAGUGAAGUCUUCUAGGAACUGCUUGCUCUUGUGUAAAGCAUAAAACUGGAUGGUCCUCUAAUUUCUGCUCCCUCCGUUUCUAAAUAUAAGCCUUUUUAGAUUCACUCAUUUUGCUCGUAUGUAGUCCGUAUUGGAAUGGAAUCUCUAAAAAGGCUUAUAUUUAGGAACGGAGGUAAUACAUCGGAGCAAAUCUCUUGUACCUUUUGGAGAUAAUAUAUAUGAAGCUUCAACACAUAUUUCUCUGUUGGUAAAACUUUCAGAGUGUGCCUCUUUGGGUCAAUGAGGUCACAUCUUUUUCUGUUUCUGUCAGAAUCCUUUUAUUCCAGAUAGUGUGUGCUACUUAUAUCGUGUAACUGGAUACUGGGCCAGUUAAAAGCAAUCCUCUAGGUAAAACUCCUGUAGUAUUAGCCUCUUUGGCCUUCUCAUGUGACUUUCUUCAUAUUGAUUCUGGCGACAAGCCGUCCAACUGUUUUGGUCGUCCUCUCAUGCCUCAUCGGGCAUCCUUACACCUGGACUGCUGUCAUGUUUCUUGAGUCCACCGCUCUUUGGCUGAUUUAAGCCUUCUUGUGCCACCUGAACACACACACAACAAUGCCGACCAGUCUGUGGCUGGUCACCACCAGUCCCCUGUGCGCCAGCUGUAGCCCUUCCAGCUAGUUUAACAAGGCCUCCCCAAGCUCCCCCUUCCUCAUAAAAAUCUUCGAUUUCCCCGGCUACCGCCGCGCUCUGCUCCGGCUGCGUAGGAACCGGCGUUAGUGAGCCCGGAGGCGUUGGAUCCUGACCAUCACCAACAAUCUAAAGGUCGAUGAGGCCGACGAGCCCCAUGGCGACAGGAGAUGCAACAAGGUAAACGCCGAUGAGCCUAACGACGACAGCAACCUAAAGCUUGUGGAUUUGCGAGUGUUGAAGACGGCGACGACAACUCCACUAGGAAUACGACCGCGGCGGCUUCUUCUUCGUUGUUUCUCUGGUGGAAGACCCGCGCCUGCGACACCGCGGCAGCAGCGGCGGCUGUCCAGUGGGUCGUCCCUGCUCACUUGGCAGCAGCGGCGGCGGCUACAAAUCUUCUCCAGCCUGGGUCAUCUCCGUCACCAACGCCUACAGCCUGGGUAUGAACCUCUCUUCUCUACUCAUCUACUGAAUGUACUGAACGUGCGUAGUCUCUGAACUGAAUUUUACUGAAUGUGUGUAUUCUCUGUCUACUGAAUUUUAGUGAAUGUACUCCUGUAAACUGAAUGUACUCUUGUAAAGUGUGCUGUCAACUUGUGAAUUUUAGUGGAUGUGAUUAAAAGUUACUCC